AUGCUUUCCCGGACUUCGAGCGCCCGCCAGGCCGUCGCGGCCGUUGCCCGCCUUGCCCGCCCCCAGAUGAGGACCUUCAUCGCGCCCACCGUCUCGCGGAGAGCCGACUUCGUCCAGGAGCUCUACCUCAAGGAGCUCAAGGCGUACAAGCCCACCCCCAUCAAGGAGUCCGAUGCUGUCGGCCAGGUUGCCACCUUCAACCUCCCCAAGCCCCCCAAGUCCCCCGAGGAAGCCGAUCUCGCCUCCAGCCUGAAGGAGUACGAGAACAUGGCCGUCGAGGUCGAAGGUCAGGAGGGUGCCGAUGCCGCUGCCCCCGCCGCCGUUGUCGAGGACUGGCUCGUUGAGGAGGAGGAGGAGGAGGGUGCCCACCACUAA